AUGCUCGCUCAGAACCCUUCUUACGUUCCUUUGGGUCCGAACGAGCACUACAACACCUGGACGCCCAGCAACAACAGCUGGCAGCCCAACGCUGAUCCUGGCGACAACUGGGUAGGAGCCAACAACCCCUUCGGACCCAAGAUUCCUCUCGGUGCUCACGGAUCUUGGGGGUCAGCACCUCCCGCCGGGGGCUGGUCGAGCGGAGAGUGCAACUUCAACGGACAAGCUCAGUGCGGGAGAGGACCUGCUCCCAUGGUCGCUACUGGCCAUGGCUGGGGCGUCGUUGCUCCGCCAUCGUCCGGAUUGGGAUCAGGGGAAGUUCCCAACGCCUGGACAGGACCAGAGAAUCCCUACGGCAACUUGACGAUCAGCACCAAGUGAAGCUGUUAUCUAAGUGCUGGAGUUUGAGUCGAGAGCCUUGGUGGGCAGUUUGGAUGGUGUUCGCCUGUCGAUAGCGUGAUCAUCAGUGACAGUGUCUUGUUGCUUUUUUCUGCAUUUUUGUGUGACGACAGGCUCCAUUUGAGACUUCAACUGCCUUUAACAGAUAGUAAAUACAUCUGAAUUUAUC